UGGAGACGGACGGCAUCACUCACCGUUGGAGCCCAAUACCUACCAGCAUCAAUCGUCAGCUGUGCUGUGCGCUCGCGUACUCGUACAGGCAGAUUUGCUUUGACGCCGCCUGUGUCGACGAUGCUGCUGGUAAGCGCACAUGUAAUUCAACUCAUUUCGGGCUCCGUAGAAGGAGUGCGGAGGCUAGAAAUUCAUCCGCCCCACGCAGAGCAGAGCAAAAUGUGGCUCUCGUGAAGCUUGCCAAAAUUGUGUCUUGCCCCCAUCCCAUGGUGCUUGGAUAUGAUCCGUGUAAGUCACGGCCGCCACCUGCUUACCUCGAAGGCACUGUUACCAUUCCCAUUCCCUCUCUUCCAAGUUUUUUGUUGCUCCCACUCUGUCACUCCGUCUCUCUUUAUGCCCCCAUCCCGUCUCCGCUUCGGCCCUGUGUGUCCCGGGAGCAGUCGGCGCUGCGAUUGAGAUUUGAUUUGCCUCAGCGGCAGCAUGCAUGCUUGGAAAUGAAGGAGGCGCCUCGUCGAUGCUGCUCUGUCGCAGAAGAACAGGCAUGCGGGAAAUCACGCGCUCAAAACGUACGACGGCAGAGCAAGUGGCCUCUUGGUGCAUCAUACGAGUAUGUUUGUAUGCAGUGCAGAAGUGGAUUGCGUAGGCCAGUCUGGAGCCGUCCAUUGAUUGAUUCCAUGAUCUGCGUGUCGUCCCAAUCGUCUGUCCCAGCGAGCCAGGGAGCUAGCGAGGGAAAGCGGUAGGGCUCAGUCAAUGGAUUGCUUCGUACUUGUACCUGUAGGUAGGCGUAGGUGAGGGGCGGGUAUUCUGUGCCUAGCUCCCAGGUUUGGGGCUUGGCAGGCUCGCAGGUAAUUUGCAGACUGCCA